AUGGCAACAUAUAAAGAAAUAAAUAUCGAAUUAAAUAAGGCAGAAGCGAGAUUGGUGAAGGCGGAAGCAGAGUUUGAAAAGAAAGGAGAGAAGUUGAAUGAGUUGGAGGCAAUGUUAUUAGGAGAGAUGAGUGAAGCAGGAAGGGCAAGGGUGGAAGGAUGGAGAGAUAG